GAGCGCGCACGCAGACUCGAGUCUCUCUGAUACACCAUAACACAUCAUCGUAAGGAUGGAUGGAAAUGUCUUCCCCGACCAAGAACAGCUGCUGGUUUUUCUGAAGAAGCUCAAAGAAGUCUUCGACGUGUGCGACGACGAUGCGGACGGCUAUAUUCGCGUUGAGCACUUCGUGGAUUUGGGUAUACAGUUCGGCCAGGGAGAUGAAGUGAAGAACUUUGCCAAGUACCUGGACCCAAAUGCUCACGGCAGAAUCAACUUCAAAGAUUUUUGCCACGGAGUGUUUGCGAUCAAAGGCUGUGAGGAAAUUCUGAAAACUGCCCUCGGCACACCCAGCAUCGGAGCACAGCCGUACCAUACCGAUAAUGGUUACUACUAUCAGCAUGGGGACGGAAGUCUGGGACCCCCUAUCAUCGUGUGCACGCGACCCUACCAAGAAUGCCAGCUGUAUUCUGACGAGGAAGGACUUGGCGGAAGGGAAGCACAUGAGUCGGACAUGGACAGUGCUGGAGACAGCGGGGCGGGAUCGGAAUCGUCUGAAGGAGGUCGCCAUGAUGAUAAAGAGGAAGGGAUGGCAGGACUCUUUUGUGGAAACAGCUGUGGUCAGAUGGUCUCAUCCGCAGCAGCUUCAGUGAUCUCAGCAGAGGAACAGUUUGAGGAUUAUGGAGAGGGAGAGGAUGUGGACUUCACACCCAGCAGUCCCAUCCCUGAUGACGAUACACGCACUAAUGGUUUCUCUGAUCUGGGAUCCUCUCUGCCUUCAAGUGCUGGUCAGACGCCUCAGAAGAUAAGGCAUCUGUAUAGCAGUGAGCUUCUGGAUGUCUACUGUUCUCAGUGCUGCAAGAAAGUUAACCUACUCAAUGACUUAGAGGCUAGACUCAAGAACCUUAAGGCUAACAGCCCGAACAGGAAAAUCACCAGUACGGCAUUUGGUCGUCAACUCUUCCAUCACAGUAACUUCAGCAGCAGCCAGGGCAGCACAGAAGAUCUGUUUAGAGACAGCAUCGACUCCUGUGACAUCGACAUCACUGAGAAGGUGAGUUAUUUGGAGAAGAAGAUAACAGAGCUUGAGAACGACAGUCUGGCUAGCGGAGAUCUGAAAUCCAAACUUAAACAAGAAAACACACAACUAGUUCACAGGGUACAUGAGCUGGAGGAACAGAUCAAGGAUCAGGAGACGCGUGCAGAGCAAGGUCUAGAGGAGGAACUGAAAAGACACAGAGAGGCCUACAGCAAGAUGCAGAGAGACAAGUCCACAGAGAUCGAACUGCUUAGUAACCGGGUUCAACAGCUGGAUGAGGAGAAUGCAGAGAUGAAGUUGAAUGUGUGCAGACUAAAGUCUCAAACUGAAAAACUGGACCAGGAGAAGCAGCGUAUGACAGAUAGGCUUGAAGACACCAGCCUGCGUUUAAAAGAUGAGAUGGACCUGUACAGGAAAAUGAUGGAUAAGCUUUGGCAAAAUAGACACGAGUUUCAGAAAGAACGGGAAGCCAUGCAAGAGUUGAUUGAAGACCUUCGGCGUGAGCUGGAGCACCUGCAGCUCUUUAAACUGGAGACUGAGAAGCCCGGUCGUGGCCGGAACGCUGCAGGACUGUCCGAGUACAAUGCCAAGACACGUGAGAUUGAGCUGGAGCACGAAGUCAAGCGGCUUAAACAGGAGAACCAUAAACUCCGAGACCAGAAUGAUGAUCUGAACGGACAGAUUCUCAGCCUCAGCCUUUAUGAGGCCAAAAACCUGUUUGCAUGUCACACCAAGGCCCAGUCACUGGCAGCAGAGAUAGACAAUGCCUCCAGAGAUGAGCUGGUUGAUGCUUUGAAAGAACAAGAGGAGAUCAACUUCCGUUUAAGGCAGUACAUGGACAAGAUCAUCUUGGCUAUCCUAGACCACAACCCCUCCAUCCUAGAGAUUAAGCAGUAGGCUUUUGAUCAUUCUCUUGAGUUGAUAGCGGAAAAAGGACUUACGCUCUGUAAAGAGAUUCCCCUUAUGGCCGGCCGUGGGAGAUGUACCCACACAGCCCCCAAUCAUCUUGUAUUUACAGAGCUAGUUGCUGAAGAAAAAAGUCUCCUAUGUGCUCUGACAUACACAAACACAAUUCCAUUGUUACCCAUGUCAUCAUGCUAUGAGUUCAAUCUGUAGAAACGACAAAAACAAGUGAUGAAACUGGAAUAUAGUUUAGAAGUGUACUUUUCACACCCUAUUACAUAUACGCACUACCUCUGAGUAUGUACAACUCAGUGUUUAAUUCGACCUAUGAACAAAACGAGUAGAAAUGUAUUAAAUAUCACAAUGAUCACAGCGCAGAGGAGAGCUCUUCAUGCACUUACAGGGUACGGCAUGUGUUCUUAUGUUUUUUUAUUCUAAUUAGAUGUGCCAGGACUGUCUCUAAAACUUGUACUGCUCACAUAUGACCUCUCCACAUUUCCGUGCUGAGCCAAUAAUAGGGACUUGAGAUCUGUCUUAGUCUGAGUAUAAAUGUCAUGUAAUGAUAGCAGAUGUAUGGUAACCGGGAUCAGCAGAUAAUGAAUGCUGUGCUGUGGGUCGAACUAGGCUGUGUAAUUCAUCGUUGUCAUUGGAUGAUGCAUUUGAUCGGCAUCCAUCCAGGCUGUUGUGAUAUCAGCCUAUUUAGGAUUGAGGAAUCACAUGUUGUUAUAGUCAAGGCACAAGUGUGGUGAAAAGUGUGAGCACAGUCACAGUUGUACAAUAUAUUAUGUACAUAUAGAGAGAAAAGUCUAGGUAUUGUGGAAAAGAAAGGUUUAUUUUUCAUAGAACUCUGUGAUAGUGUACAUGAAAUGACACAUAGUGUCAGUCUCAAGUGGGUGGAUCAAAAUUAAAUAUUAAUGAUAGUCGAAUAAAUAAAACUCCAAAAACUAUGAUUAUAAAGACAUAUUCACAAACCAUUAACUGAUAUCCAGCAACAGGUUGCGGUGGAUCUGUAUCUCUUAACAAGAAAUGGUGGCCUGCUCAUGUUUAAUUUACAUUAAAAUAAAUAUGUAUAUGCAAAUGGAUUAGUUCAUAACUCACAUAAUAGUUUAAUAUUUAUCAUCAGUGCCAUAGGUAGAAGAAGCUGCACAUUAUAAUGUCUUUAAAAUGUACAUCCCAUGAAUGUAUCACCAUGCACCUCUCAACAUAUAAUAAUCACAUUUUCCCCACAACAUCCCAUUUAGCUAGUCAAAUACUAUGUGAAUCACAGUAUUUCAGAUUAUUGUGUAGUAUGGGAAACGAACCAAUACUGCUACAUGCUCGAUUGUCACAAACUAGUUUUGCUUUGUUGCACAAAUUGUACUGAAUCUGUUUCUUCGCAUGUUCUGUUUGUGAACUUUCUUUGGAAUGUAACUCUUUUGGUUGUUUCAGUAACUGUUAUUAUUAUUAUCAGUUAUAGAGGAGCUUUUUAUAUAUUUCUGUUACAUCUUGUGUUGUAGAAUUUUUCACUCAUUGUAAAUGUUGUACAGAGACUAGUUCUUAUUUGUAUUGCUGUGCCACUCAUCAAUCUUAAUGAAUAAAUGAAAGGCAGUCUUUUAUACAGUUUUAGGACGUUAGACAUGACUAAAUAAUGUAUAAAUCAUGUUGAAUUGUUUUGCCACCGUGGCAUUUGAUAAGAUUGUGACAUCACAGUUACUGUAAUAUUCCUUAAAAUUACUCCUCAGUAGUUGUAAUUUCAUAGAUAAGACUUGUGCAUAGUUAUUUAAUAAUUAUGUUUGAUCGAAACCAGUCAACCAUCACAACUGUUUGAAAAAACAUUCAGAUAAAUUUUAGCUGUUAUAUAAUUUUCCUCUCCAGUACUCUCUUCAUAGAGUAAGCGGUCAAGAGAAUAAAUGGAUAUUAUAUAAUUUGUUGUAUAGUAAAUAGAAAAUUUAGUGAAUCGAAAACUCCCUUUCCCAGCACCAGUGAACUUUUUGCACAUUUUUUUUGCUUUCUGUCACUGUUACAGGUUAGAUGCUACUCAGUUUGACACUUUUCUAUAGCUUAGGGUUUACAGAACAUUUUUGUUGUUGUUUACAUCUUUUUGUUAUAGAUUAAGAUUGACAUUUUCUUGUGUCAUGUAUGGGUAUAUAACACUAUAUAGUAUUAUUACUUGUUUCUAAUCACACAAAAUAGAGAACAACAAGACUUUCCGAAUAUUAAAUAAUAAUGGCCUCAAGAUUUAUGGCAAAUUGCAAAUAUAAUAAAACACUUUUUGGCAUGA